AAAUCCCCUUUCAGUAAGUCCAAACACACAGCUGAGAAGCGAGGCUCAGAACCUAAGCCCAUCCCAGCACGCCUCCUCCGGUGCCUCAGAGACGCGAUCCGGAGCGGGACGGUCCCUCUCAGGCUCGGCACCCCGAGCACCCCUCGACUCCGAGCCCUCCUUUCCCUCGUCUCACGGCUCCGUGCCGGGUCGCACCGCUCCCCUCAGCGUCUCCGGGUCCCCCGGAGGAGCCGCUGGGGACAGCGGCGCUGCCCGGGCCCCCCCCGGGGCCGUCCCCUGAGGGCCGUCGCCCCGCCAGGAGGCCGAGGCGGCCCCGGAGCGUCACCUGCGGGGCCGUGCCGGAGAGCCGCGGUCCCGGCGGCGGGAGGCUCCUCCCCGGGGGUGUAGCGCAGGAAGAGGUGGAGGUCGGGGAGACGCCGGGGCUCCCGGUGAGGGCUCGGAGGUGCCGUGAGGGCUGCGCCAUGCGAGCGCCCGGCGCUACGGCCAUGCUGCGCGGUGGCGGCCGGAGAGAGGGGCGAGGGGAGGAAAGGGCUGUUUACACAGACUGCAAACCGCCUGGGGAAUAAUGCAGGAAAGGAAGUGAGCCGGCUCUCUGUCUGACUGCCCUGACUUCCUGCUCGCUCUCUCUCGCACAGACACACACACACACCGACAAAAAAAAAAAAAAAAAAAAAAAAAAAAAGAAAAAAGAGAGAGGGGGGGGAUCGGGAUCUCGUUACAAGAGCAACAGAGCGCUCGCAGAGGACUGUCAGCAUGGGCAGCCGGGGGGUUUUACCCAGCUCCCUCUAAAGCACCGGGAGGCACCGGGAAAGCCCCGCAGGCUCUGGCUUGCAGCAGCCAUGGCAAUUAGUUCGAAUAGACAGGACAUGGACAGUACAGGAGGCCAACAACCAGCUCUUCUGUUGGCUGCAAUCUCACACAUUUUAAGGUAUGGAGAGUGCAAUCACGCUGUGGCAGUUCCUUUUGCAGUUGCUGCUAGACCAGAAACAUGAGCACCUGAUUUGCUGGACGUCUAAUGAUGGCGAAUUCAAGCUACUCAAGGCAGAAGAAGUGGCUAAGCUGUGGGGACUCAGAAAAAACAAAACUAAUAUGAAUUAUGACAAGCUGAGCCGAGCGCUCAGAUACUAUUAUGACAAGAACAUCAUCAAGAAGGUGAUCGGACAAAAGUUCGUGUACAAGUUUGUCUCGUUCCCUGAGAUUUUAAAGAUGGAUCCACACGCUGUGGAAAUCAGCAGGGAGAGCCUUUUGCUGCAGGACAGCGACUGUAAGAUGGCCGCCGAGAGCAGGGACGUGCACAAGCACAGCUUGUCGGCACUGAAAAGCACAAGCCGCAACGAGUACAUCCACUCUGGCCUCUACUCCUCGUUCACCAUCAACUCUCUGCAGAACCAGCCAGACACUUACAAGCCAAUCAAAACAGAAAAACUGGAGGAGAAGUCAGAAGGAAACACACCGGUCGAAGAAGUUCGGACUGUCAUAAGAUUUGUGACAAACAAAACAGACAAACAAGUUAUGAGGCCCAUGGUGUCGUUGCCUUCCACCUCCGAAACAGCAGCUGCCUCUGCUUUUCUCAACUCGCCCGUAUCAGCCAAAAUCUCUUCCUUAAUGCUACCAAACAGUGCCAGCAUUUCAUCUCCGUCGUCAUCUUCCUCCAGGUCGCCGUCUCUGUCUCCCACCUCGCCCCUCCCUGCGGAGCACAGGAACCUCUUCCUUGAGUCCGCUUGCCACGACUCAGAUUCCCUUGAGCCGCUGAACCUCUCCUCAGGCUCCAAGGCAAAAUCGCCAUCUCUUCCCCCAAAGGCUAAGAAACCCAAAGGCUUGGAAAUCUCAGCCCCACCUAUGGUCCUAUCCAGCACCGAUAUCGGUUCCAUUGCCCUCAACAGCCCCGCGCUUCCUUCGGGAUCCCUGACUCCAGCUUUCUUCACUGCACAGACCCCAAAUGGAUUAUUGCUGACCCCAAGUCCGCUGCUGUCUAGCAUUCAUUUCUGGAGCAGCCUCAGUCCCGUUGCUCCUCUGAGUCCUGCCAGGCUGCAGGGACCAAACACUCUGUUCCAGUUUCCAACUCUGCUAAAUGGUCACAUACCAGUGCCACUCCCCAGUCUGGACGGAGCCUCUUCUCCAGUACUGCUUUCUCCAAACGCUCAGAAAUCCUGAUGAUGCCUCAUCACGUUAAGGACUUAUUGGUGGAUUUAACACUUCAUUCCUAUGGGCUAGUUUUUCCUGUGUCAUGAGAAGGACAUUGUGAAACCCUCUAUUACUUUGGUUUGCACUUUUCAUUACAUGGAUAAUCUACUUUUAUUAUGUUAGCAUUUUUAAACAGUGUUUAUAUAUAAAAAUAUAUAUAAAUCUGUUUUGCAUUAAAUGAAUUAUAAUUUUUUUUUAUAUCAUAGCUCUCAAGUGUUGAACACUUCUGUUGUUGAUGAAGUACUUUUUGUAAUGGAUUGCAACAAUGUAUCUAAUAAGGAUGUGAAGCUUCUUUUUAAUACCUUUUUCUGCAUAUUAUGCAUUGUGCUUGUGUAAACUAUAACCGGCUGUGCCUUCUUUUGCAUAAUGUCAUGUAAAUGAUUUAUAUAUUUUCUAGUAUUAAGAUAAAAAGUUGAAAGACAAAACUAGUAUUGAACAGCCCUAUGGUAGUAUUUCAGUAUUUUCUCCACGGAUAGGCUGUAUGAUGCAGUGUAUUCAUGUAACUUUGUAUUAAGUGCUUUCAAAUUGUAUAAAAAUAGCCUUAUAAUUUUUCUUUGCUGAAGUGAAAAACGUAAUAAAUGUUACAGUCAGGAGAUGUAUUUAGGAGUAACAAAGCCACAUUUACGCCCAAAUUCUUCUGUGGAGUUGCAACAGGGAGGAACUGGGCUUUGUGUAUUCACGAAACAUUUCCAGCAUUUGAAAAUACUUCUGUAGAAAAGAAGAUCGUUGCUCGGAAUUUAUUUGGCAUAUACUUCUUACGAACUGUCGACAUUACAGCUGGAAAGACUGCAGGUAAUCUCUGUCCUCCCAGGGAAUGAGGAUCGUUCCCGAUAGAGAAUUUCCAGGUGCUUUGUUCAGUUGUGCCAAGUGCCUUCUACCAUUUCCGUGGAAAGAUUCUUCUAGCUACUAAAGCUGAGAAGGUCACAUUCCCCUUCCCCGAAAGCUGGAAAAGUUACAGGACUGUAAAUUAAUGUCUGGUGCUUGUAAAGAGGCAUACUGUACAUGUGGGAUGUUUAUGUAUAAACAUCUGAAUUCUGGAUUAAAAAACAGCACUGUGUUACCAUAUACUUGCAACUUGAACCUACAAGGUAUGUCCUCUACCUUGAGGUGAUGGUUUAGUCAUCUAAAUGUCAGGUUAGGAUGAGGCUAGACUCCCUGGCACCACAGAUUCUAAUCUUGGCAGGGCUGAUGCAAAUCGUCCGUUUUCUGAGGUGGCUAAAUUGGGUCGAACGCCGUUUUACCAUGUAGGUCUUUCAGAUGAGACCUUCAAAAACCAAACCAAAAUCAGGAUCCUGUUUGCUACAGGUCAUUAGAGCCUCUACUUUGUUUUCUGGCCAAGCAGCUGGUCAAAAGUCCAUUCGUUUUGAAACCUAUGCAGUGAGUUGUCUGCUGAUUUUCUGCUUGGAUGCAUUUCAGUGAUGAUGUGUGUAGUUAAUUGUAAAGUGCUUUUGGAUCCUUCUACCUGAAAGGUGCUAAAUAAACAUUUUAUUACUG